UCCAUCAGAAGUGUUUGGCGGUCCUGUGCAGAAGACAAUGAAGCGGCUUUUCGCUGUCACGCUUAUACUGACGAUUGCCUUCGCUUAUUUCAUUUACAUACCGCUUCCCAGUACAGUCUCAGAACCGUGGAAACUCAUGAUUCUUGCUGGGACAUUUCGAGGUUUCAUGCAAAUGGGAACUGUGGCUCACACCCUAGGCCUCACACACCACACCGAUGUGCUCAACCUUGUGGCGAGCAGCUUCGGGUUGCUGGGGUCCGAGUCGAGUGAGAACUUAAGGGUCAGUGACACCGCCUUUGCUGGGGUGGAGGUCCGUGUGUUCCAGUCAACCCUGAGGGAGGCGGGAGAGCUGAAGAGAGGUGUGGUCUACAUCCACGGAGGUGGCUGGGCCCUCGGAAGUGCUAGAUCAGGGUCCUAUGACUGUCUCUGCAGGAAGCUGGCGAAGGACCUCGAUGCAGUCGUUGUGUCGGUUGAGUACCGCCUGGCCCCUGAUGUCCACUUCCCUGUGCAGUACGACGACGUCCUCCAGGCCUCCAGACACUUCCUACAGCCUGAGGUGCUGGCCCAGUACUCGGUGGACCCAGACCGAGUCGCCGUGUCGGGCGACAGCGCGGGGGGUAACCUGGCAGCUGCUGUAGCUCAGCAGGUUGCCAUCGAUGACAGCAUUGCCAUCAAAUUCAAGGUCCAGGCCCUGAUCUACCCAGUACUACAAGCCUUGGAUUUUAACACACCCUCAUACCAAGAGAGCCAGAAUGUGCCGAUCCUAUACCGCACAGUCAUGAUCCAAUUCUGGCUGGAGUAUCUGGCUGCAGACCCUGAGCAUCUGCACGCCUUGCUGCUCAACAACCACACUGCCCAGGACCAGAACCAGGUGGCAUCAGCCCGGGCAAAGGUAGACUGGGUCAGACUGCUCCCACCCUCUGUACAGAAGCAGUACAAGCCUGUGGUCCAGCCAAGAGGUACACCACGGAUCCUGGAGGAGGUGCCAGGACUGUUGGACCCCCGUGCUUCCCCACUGUUGGCUGAGCGUGAUGUUCUAGUGCAGGUGCCACAAGCUUACAUCCUGACCUGCGAGCAUGAUGUGCUUCGGGAUGAUGGUUUAAUGUAUGGGCAGCGGCUUCAGGAGGCAGGGGUGACGGUGACCCACGACCACUAUGAGGGUGGCUUCCAUGGCUGCAUCUCCUUUGCAUUCUGGCCCACGUACUUCUCCGUCGGCAUACAGAGCAUGCAAAACUACAUUGCCUGGCUUGACAAGAACCUUUAACAACUUGGGGUAUGACCAGUGGCAAUUUGGUUGUCAUAGGGAAAUCCACCCAAAAAAAAUUAUAAUAGGAUCAGGUCCAAAGGAAACUAUUACACAUACAAGAAGCAGUGAACGUCCCUUCAUUCUCUGAAAUAUUUCUAGCUAUUAGAGAUGGAGGGAAGAAGUGUGGAUGUCCUGGGACAGGGCAAAGCCAGCUGGUGAUCCCACAGUUUGCUUUCUUGUCGCUCCUUUCUUCAGUUGUUCACUCUCACCUCAAGUGAACGUGUCCAGAUCUUGCUGUUGUAGCCCUCAGCUAUACUGUGGAUCCAAUAUUUGUUUCCAUUUUUUUUUGCAUCAUUUGCAGCCUUUUAUUUUUAAC